AUGGCUGCUGCUGCUCUGGCCUACAAAUGCAUGGAGGUUGCAUACAUGAGGGCAAUUUAUUCCUCACAUGCCCAUGCAAAGAGAGAUCGGCACGAGUUGCAGAUGGCUUUACAAAUUAUUCCUCCAGGUGAAUCGCCCUCCUCUUCUGCCUCUGAUAUUGAUAACCUGAACCACACAACAAUAGCUGACAAGGUUCCCUUAACCAAAGGCACUAGCUCGCCUCAAGUAACUGGAAGCCACAUUAUUGCCGCUCAGAAUCGUCCCAACUUUGUGCGGUUGCUCAGAUUUGCACAGGAUGUGAAUUCUGCAAUGGAAGCCUCUCGAAAAUCAAGGGUUACUUUUGCGGCAGCUAAUGUCAGCUUGGGAGAAGACCGAUGUGGAGAGGCCAUUUCUUCCAUUAAAACAGCUCUUGAUUUUAACUUUCAAGACGUGGAGGGAUUACUACGUUUGGUGCGGCUUGCAAUUGAAGCUAUUAGCAGAAUAGGAGAGGCGGCGGUGCACUUAAAAUCUGGGUCGACCUUUAACAGAAAUUUCAAGGGAAGAGAUAAAGAGAAGGAUUAUCGGACCAUUGGAAACAUGCAAAAGGAGCUGUCAUCAAAGAGAGUUCCUAAUGUGAAAUGGGAAGAUGCUGGUGGGCUUGAAGAUGUGAAGAAAUCAAUUUUGGAUGCUGUUCAGUUACCUCUAUUGCAUAAGGAGAUGUUUUCUUCUGGGUUGGGUAAGCUGUCUGGACUCUGGUGUUCUUCUAGAUGGUCCUCCUGGAACAGGAAAAAUUCAGAAUCUCCGCCCAGUGUGGAUCAAGCUGACUCUGUUGUUGUGGAGUAUGGCAUUUGA